AUGAAUAAGGUCAUGGAAAGCAAACGCAAAAAUUACAUUAAACAGUACGUACGCCAAGCUCAGCAACAGGAUACCAGUAGAAAACGGGGGCAACCAGACAAUACUGAUUUUGUAACAAAGCUACGGCGAGCAAAUACAACGGAUUAUAAAGCUAUACAGGGUAAUACUUACAUGUCUGUCUCAGCAGAAAACACCUCGACUCAUAAACUCCAGCAACUUACCGAUAAUGACGACGCCUCCCACUCCCCAAGCGCUUCGCACACCUCGACUCCUGGUCUCCUGGAAUCUAGUUAUAGCAACGACGCCUCCCACGCGAUGCGUUCCCUUACCUAUGAUGACUCCUCUGCGACGAGAGCUACGCAUACCUCGGCUUCUGCACUCCUUCAAUCUACUGCAGAUAACCACGCUUCCCACGCAAUGAGCGCUUCGCAUACCCCCAAUCAUGAUCUAAAAUCUACAUGUUAUGAUAACGCCGCCUCCCACCAGAUGAAUGCACAGUACACCCCAGAUCCUGAGCUCCUAGAUUCUACCUUCACAACGAGCAGGCUCCAGCAACUUACCGAUGAUGACGACGCCUCCCACGUUCCAAGCGCUUUGCACACCUCGACUACUGGUCUCCUGGAAUCUAGUUAUAGCAACGACGCUUCCCACGCGAUGCGUUGCCUUACCUAUGAUGACUCCUCCGCGACGAGAGCUUCGCAUACCUCGGCUUCUGCACUCCUUCAAUCUAUUGCAGAUAACCACGCUUCCCACGCAAUGAGCUUUUCGCAUACCCCGAAUCAUGAUCUAAAAUCUACAUGUUAUGAUAACGCCGCCUCCCAUCAGAUGAAUGCACAGUACACCCCAGAUCCUGAGCUCCUAGAUUCUACCUCCACAACGAGCAGGCUCCAGCAACUUACCGAUGACGACGACGCCUCCCACGCCCCUAGCGCUUCGCAUACCUCAACUCCUGGUCUCCUGGAAUCUAGUUAUAGCAACGACGCUUCCCACGCGAUGCGUCCCCUUACCUGUGAUGACAUCAUCUCCUCCGCGACGAGAGCUUCGCAUAUCUCGGCAUCUGCACUCCUUCAAUCUACUGCAGAUAACCACGCUUCCCACGCAAUGAGCGCUUCGCACACCCCGAAUCAUGAUCUAAAAUCUACAUGUUAUGAUAACGCCGUCUCCCACCAGAUGAAUGCACAGUACACCCCAGAUCCUGAACUUCUAGAUUCAGCCUCCACAACGAGUAUCUCUCAUGCUAUGUAUAAUAAAGUUUCUUCGGCUUCUCAGUUACGUUCUAUGUCUCGAGAAGAGGAGAUUGAAGUUUGUGUACAACAAAUUAUAUCUGAUGACAGUUGCAAAAUCACGAUUGAAUUGGAAGAACAAACAGUUAAUCAGUUUGAAAAAGAAAAAAGCAAGAACUUUGAGAAUAUUGUUGACAACGAAAUGCCUGGAACUAGUAAAGGAAAACUUGAAAGGAGGAAGGUCAAACCUGGAUAUAUAAAAGAGAAACCUGAAAAAAAUAAAAGAUUAAUUCUCAAACAUGUUGACUUCAUUUCUGACGAAGAAGAAUUUACACUGACUUCUUCUUCAUGGGAAGUAUCAGACGAUACGGAGUCAGAUACAUCCAAUAAUGAUAGAAGAAAGAAAAAACAGAAGAAAAAUAAAAACAGUAAAAGACAAGGCAAGAAAUCAAAAAAACGUAGCAGAAAAAUAAACAAGAAGAAAACUGACCACUUAGCUUCGAACAAAGAUGAAUCUGACUCAGAGCAAUAG